UAACACCGGGUUAUCCAUCCUUUGCCUGUCUUUCUUAGUCCCUUAAGCAUGCUAUUCAAGCAUUAGAGUUGGUGGCAAAGCUCAAAGCUGAACAGGUGUGUACUCAUGGCGAUCACAACAGUGGCUAGCCUGAUCCCCAAGCUCGAGGAUCUGCUGAAAGAGGAGAGUAAGUACAAUCUGUCCAAGGGCGUGAUAAAGCAUUUGACGUAUGUCCAUGCAUUGCUCGAGAGAGCGCAGCAGGCCGGUGACCAGGCCGAGGAGGAGCUCGAGAGAACACAGCAGGCCGAGGAGGAGAGGGAACUGUCGGAAGUCAUGGUUGACAUCGUCGAAACCUUCACCAGCAGCUUGGCAUCGGCGACGGCCGAUCCACAGGGUGGCCGCGGCUUGGUCCCCAAGGUGAUGAGGUCCAAGCUUCAUACUGCAAAGGCUCACCGUGAGUUUGCCAGCAAUGUCAGUGAUGCCGUGCAGCUUUACCACAAGGCACGCGACCGGCAUGCGAGAUUCAAGGUCCAUUAUUCCAUUCCAAGCAGGAACAAUAAGCAGCCUCCGGUUGAUCAUAAAGGCGGCGGAAUAUCGUCGCGGGAGGUCUCGGUCUCGCUACCAGAUCAGAUACUGACCAAGGUAGAUGAGAUGUGCAAGAUCCAUGGCGGGUUGAAAGAUGAAGAAAUCGAUCUCCUCAAGAAAGAGAUGGAAUGCAUAGGGCCUGCCCUCCGCAAAGUUGCACAAGUACCGGUGGAGCAGCUUGACGAGGGCACCAAGGCCUGGAUAGAUGAUCUCACAGAAGCCUGCCACGACAUCAUCAACGACUUCCGGGCGCCAGUGCCGGUGCCGCCGCCGCCGCCGCUGCCAGUAGCAGCAGCCGCCGCUGGCACCGGUAAGAAACCAAUCAUCGGCAGCAGCAUGAAGCUCAACUUGGCCGCGGCCAAGGCUCGCCGUCGAAAUGUCGCCCAGAUCAGAGGCUUCAACAAGAUUUUGUUGGAGGUGGCGGAGAGGCGUCAGAGGUACUGGUGCGAGAUUGCUGCCACCAAUACAGAGGGCGAAGAUGUCGACGAAGGGAGCAACAGAAAUCCACCUCCAGAACCGCUACAAGAUUCCGAGUGCCCGUUUCUUGGCAUUGACGUACACACAGACGAGCUCGUCAAGCUCCUAACAACGUCCUCCUCCGGCCUGCAGCAGGAACCACUCAAGCUAGUUUCAGUUGUUGGGCCUGCGGGUGUGGGCAAGAAGACACUUGCAGAGGCGGUCUACAGCAGGAUAUCGACCCAAUUCGAGUGCACAGCUCGGGUCUCACUGUCAAAUCACCAGACAAACAACAAGAGUAGAACUACUCUUCUCCUGGAUUUGCUCCGUCAGUUACGUCAGACUGAGGUUGUCUCUGAAACGGAGGAUGAGACUGAAACUGGCCUAAUCGACAAGAUCAGAGAAACUCUCAACAACAAGAGGUACUUAAUUGUAAUUGAAGAUAUAUGGAGUUCAGUUGAAUGGGAUUCUAUGAGGAAUUUGUUUGAGAAUAGUCACCACGGGAGUGCAGUUCUGACGACAACUUGCAAAGUUGAUAUCGCUGAAUAUGUUGGUGGAGUCUACAAGUUAGCACCUCUCACAGAAUGUGAGGCCACAAGAUUGUUCUACAGAACAUUAUUUGUUUCCGAAGACAAAUGCGCCCCUGGUGAUCUGGCGAAUAUAUGUGGAAAGCUUAUAGCAGAAUGUGGUAGCAUACCAUUAGCCAUCAUUGCUAAAGCUGAUCUGCUCGCGACUAAGCCAUGGACAGUGAUGAAAAGUCACAAAGUGCAUGGCUCGUACGAUACGGAAAGGAUAUUCGAGGACUAUUAUAAGAAGCUACCUCGUCGUCUAAAACCUUGCUUGCUGUACUUUAGUAUGUUUCAAAAGGGUUAUGAGAUGAGCGGAGAAAACCUGUUGUGGAUGUGGUUAAACGAAGGUUUCCUGGAAGCUCAAGAAGGGGAGAUGUGCCUGAAUGAGCUCAUAAAUAAAGGCCUGAUUGAAGCUGUGGAGGUUGAUGCAGCCGGUAAGGCUCUGUCUUGCCGUCUGCACGACAUGUUGCAUGACUCCAUCGUCUCAUUGUCAGCUGAAGAAAAAUUCGCUACCAUUUUGGACGGCAAAGUGGGGAACUUGCUAGAAACGGCGGUCCGCCUGCUGUCAAUUCAGGGAAAUAAUAAGGAUGCACAAGCACAACAGCUUCUGCGGCAAGCCCCCAAUGUAAGGUCACUUGUUGUCUCUGGUGAUGCCAUUACCAGUUUGAUGCAUGCAACACCUCUCGAAGAGUUUCAGGGGUUACGUGUGUUGGAUCUAGGCCGGGGGUCACCUGAUAAUUCUUUGAAGAAUGAUCAGCUAAAGGGUAUCGGGAGUUUGUUUUUUCUGAGAUGUCUAGUAUUGGCAGGUAGACGCAUCACCGAGAUCCCAAAAGAAACCGGGAAUCUUAAAUCUUUGCAGACACUGGAUUUGAGGGCAACUAUUGUGAAAGAAUUGCCAGCAACUGUUUUCCAGGCAAAGAAGUUGAAACGUCUGUAUGUAAACAGUCGCACCAAGAUACCAUGUGGGAUUGGAAAAAUGGAAGAUCUGGAAGAGCUUGGAGACAUGAAUGUCAGUAAGCCAGAUUUGCUCAAAGAUCUAUGUAGUCUGACUAAGCUGAUUCUUCUUGGUAUUGCCAUUUGGUCAUGGGACGAGAGUUACGGCGAUGCAAUGGUUGAGAAUCUACGGUCUCUCUUGGAUAAAAGAAUCAUCCAAAGCCUAUCCAUCGUGACUUGCUGCUCUCUGGAUUUCAUGAAUAAGUUGGAAGCUGGAAACACGAAGGCCACUGCUGCUGGUACUGCCACUGCUGCUGCUGGAAAUAAUAAGGCCACUGCUGCUGCUGCUACUCCAGCUCCAAGCUCACUGCAAAAGCUUGAGAUAAGUCAAAGCGCACUACUUGGAUUGCCAAGAUGGAUUAUCUCACUGCAGAACCUCUCUUCUUUAUCGAUCGAGGUCCACAAGCUGACAGAAGAUAUGAUUGUUAUGCUUGGGAAGUUGCAGAAUCUUCUUGCUCUGUCCCUGACAGCAAAACAUGCUCCAGCACAUCCUCAUGUAUGGUUUGACAAGUCCGCUAAUGGAUUCAGAAAGCUAACGGGCUUCCAUUUCUCAAGCAAUGGUAUGGGAAAGAUGUUCAGAUCAGGAGCGAUGCCUAAGCUCGAAAGGCUGAAGCUUUCGUUUCAGGCAUCAACGACCGAUCAUGUUGUAUCGGAGGCCUCCGUCACGCAAGAAUCUGAUUUUGGAUCCACGGUGGCCUCCUCCGCCCAGUCCUCUUCCUGGGCAGCAUUCGAUUUUGGAUUGGAGAACCUGCCUGCUUCCCUAGAGCAUGUUCGUGUUGAAAUUAACUGUUUCAAUGCCAAUGAUAGGGUGGUGAACCAAGCAGAGGCUGCAAUUAGGAGGGCAGUCUCCAAGUCCAGGAUGCGUCCGCCAAAUCUUGUGAUAAAACGAGUUCGGGAGGAACACAUGGACGAAGGCAUCACGGACAAAGAGGUAGUGAAAAGGAAGUGGUCGUCCUGGGCAUCCAAGCCAAACGACGCAACCAUGCAUCAAGAAGGGAAGAACCAAUCUCGUCUCUUUAAUUAGUGCUUGUAGCAGGUUUUGGCCCCGUGGCUUAGCGUUUCGACUUUGUAUUUCGGUUGUCGUGUUUUCAUAAUGGAAGAGGGGAUUCAAAAAUCUCUUUGAUUA